AUGGCUUCAUGGGCACCCCAACAACAGGGUCUUCAGGAGGUCCUGCAGACGCUCCACGAAUCCACCGACAUGAAUGUAGCUGUUCAACGCGCUAUCACCCAUGUAUGUCUUCCGCUGCUGUUUUUCUCCAUUGAACUCCAGCUGAAAAGACCCACACAGAAACUAAACAACUUUUCUCGCGCGCCCGAGUACAUUGCCUAUCUGGCAUAUAUUCUAACGGACAUGCCACAAGAAGAGGACCGAAUCCGCACCAUCGCUGGCUACCUCCUCAAGAACAAUGCCCGCCUCAUCCUGACUUCAACCCCAGAAGUCGCUCAAUAUGUCAAGGCGGCGGUCCUCCAAGCGUUCACCGACGAGUCGGUCAUGAUUCGCAAUGCGGCAGGCCAAGACAUCGUCGCUUUUCUUGGCCAACUCGAACCCCGUCACUGGCCUGAGUGCCUUCAACAGCUCAUGAACACUCUCGACUCACCUGAUUUGAAUCGACAAGAGACUAACGUGCUUCUCUACACAAAGGCCGCCUUUAAUGUUCUCGAAAAGGCAUGCGAGGACUACCCCGGAAAAAUGGACGUUGAGAUCAACGGCACCCGCCCCCUCGAUUUCAUGAUCCCGAAAUUCCUCAUGCUGGCCAACCACCCAUCUGCCAAGAUGCGCUCCCAUGCGGUCGCCUGUUUAUCGUACUUUGUUCCCGUCGGGGCCCAAUCGCUCUUCGUUCACAUUGACAACUUCAUCGCCACUCUCUUUAAACGCGCCUCUGACGAUGACCCUUCCGUUCGUCGCCACGUCUGCCAGGCCUUGGUCCUCCUACUUGCGGCCCGACCGGAGAAACUCAUGCCAGAGAUGAACAAUGUGGCGGAGUACAUGCUAUACUCGACCAAAGACAAGAAUGAAAACGUUGCGCUCGAGGCAUGCGAAUUUUGGUUGACCUUCGCUGAAGACGCCGAUUUAGCUGUCCAUCUACAUCCCCUACUCGCCAAAGUUGCCCCUGUUCUACUCGAUUGCAUGGUCUAUGGCGAAGACGAUCUACUCUGGCUGGAAGGUGAUGCUGAAGAUGCAGCAGUCCCCGAUAAGGAAACGGAUAUCAAGCCCCGUCACUAUGGAGGUGGCAAAUCUCACGGACUAGAACGCGAUGCGGACGGAAAAGAGCCUCCCAAGACGCGUAUUGGGGCUUAUGGUGAAGAAACCUUCGAUUCCGACGAAGAAGACUACUUCGACGACGAGGAUUUUGCCGAUGAAAUGUCCACUGAAUGGAAUCUGCGGAAAUGUGCCGCAACCGCUUUGGAUGUCUUAGCGGUCAGGUUUAGUGGCGACUUGCUCAAUGUCCUGUUGGGCCCAUUGAAGGAUAAAUUAUGGAGCAACGACUGGCUACAGAGGGAGAGUGGGAUUCUCGCGCUAGGUGCCAUGGCCGAGGGUUGCAUUGAGGCUAUGAAACCGCAUCUGCCGACUCUCAUUCCAUAUCUCAUCAGCACGCUAUCGGAUUCCAAACCCCUCAUUCGUUCUAUUACUUGCUGGACCCUUGGCCGCUACGCAAGCUGGACAACCCAGCCCAUAUCCGAGGAGCACAAGAAUGAAUACUUUGUGCCAACGAUGGAGGGCCUUCUCCGAAUGGUCCUUGACAACAACAAACGAGUUCAAGAGGUUGGUUGCAGCGCCUUUGCCACCCUCGAAGAAGAAGCGGGCAUGGAGCUUGCACCUUACCUGGAGCCCGUGCUCCAAAACCUCGUCAUCGCAUUCAACAAAUAUCAGCACAAGAAUAUGCUUAUCUUAUACAAUGCCGUUGGCGCCCUUGCUGAUGCAGUGGGUCGGGCGUUACAGAACCCGCGUUAUGUCGAUAUCCUGAUGCCUCCGUUGACCAAGCGUUGGUCGCGAUUGAAGGAUGACGACGAAAAUCUGAUUCCUCUUCUCGAGUGUUUGGCUUCUGUUACAAUCGCCAUCGGAACGGCAUUUUUGCCGUAUGCUCAACCCGUUUUUGAGCGCUGUAAUAACAUCAUCCACAAUGCACUCCUCAAAUACCAGGCCUACCAGGAGAAUCCGGAAUCAGAGGAGCCAGACCAGUCGUUUCUCGUUGUUGCUCUCGAUCUUCUCUCCGGGUUGACUCAAGGCAUGGGAAUGGAGCUGCAACCAUUAAUCACAGCCAACAACCCUCCUCUUCUUGCCCUUCUCACUGCUUGUCUCAAACACCCGCAAGCGCCCGUUCGACAGACUGCUUACGCACUUGUUGGUGACAUGGCAGUGGGCUGUUUUGUUCUCCUCCGCCCCUACAUGCCGGGCAUCAUGGCCGAACUGACUCUUCAACUGGACCCGGAGCCGAAGUACGACUUCAUCAGUGCUUCUAACAACGCAGCCUGGUCGGUUGGUGAAGUCUCGUUGCGAUAUGGAAGGGACGACCCCGAGUUUAAGCAAUGGGUCAACCCGCUCAUCGUCCGGCUAAUUCCUAUUCUACUGCAUCCCAAGGCACCACGAAGCUUACACGAGAACGCCGCCGUUUCCAUUGGACGAAUCGGGUUGACUAAUCCAGACCUUGUUGCGCCGCACUUACCCGAGUUUGCCCAAGCCUGGUGUCAAGCAUUGUACGAGAUUCGGGACAACGAGGAGAAGGAUUCUGCAUUCAGAGGUUUCUGUACGCUUGUGCAAUAUAACCCACAAGGCAUCGCCAAGAGUCUUCUUUGGUUCUGCAACGCUAUCGUGCGAUGGAACCAGCCCUCUCCCGAGCUCAACGAGAUGUUCAGGACGCUAUUACAAGGCUUCAAGAACCACGAUGUCGCCGCAUGGCAGGCACAAGUGUCAAUGUUCCCCCAACCGAUCCAAGAACGGCUCGCUGCACGUUAUGGCGUCUAA